GCCAAAUCUUCAAUCAAUAAGGUAAGGUCCUUCCCUGAUAUCAUCUAUUAGACCGUCUAUUAAUUCCAUUUCCUAAGUAGGUAGGCUUUGAAGCUAGUAGGGCACUCGUUGCCCUCUGCAAACAUGGCACCACGAAUCUCACUUCGAGGACUAUUCAAUAAUGCCGCUGGCUUUCUCUCGCGACUCUCAUGGCAGACACCCUUGUCCCCACUCCCGAACCAGCGCGAUGUCGUACACGUCCCUUACCUUGGCGGCGUCCCAUCCUGUCCCAUCGAUGGUCCCAUUAGCUGCCGCAACAACACUCCCGUCACUGGCGAUACCUGCUGCUUCGUACAUCCCAGUGGACGGUUACUGCUCGCACAAUUCUGGGACCAAGAGGCUCACGUCCCCGGUGCAGAAGAGGACUGGACCUUACACGGCCUCUGGCCCGAUCUUUGCGAUGGGAGCUACGAGGCUUACUGCGGCAUGACACCGCAUUUCAGCAACAUCUCGGACAUAUUAACCCAAUAUGGCCAGGACGAGCUUCUUGCUCUCAUGCACCGAUACUGGGUAGCAGCAUCCGGAUCUAACGAACACCUCUGGACUCACGAGUAUAACAAGCACGCCAGCUGCAUCAACACCCUCACGUCCUCUUGCUACGGCGGUGACUACCGGCCGGGCAUGGAGGCCGUCGAGUAUUUCACUCGCGCGUUCCAUCUGUUCCGGAACCUGGACACUUACAUGGCGUUGGCGUGGGCCGGCAUCGUCCCAACCCACGAGAGCACUUACGAGCUUGCGGUGGUCCAAAAGGCGCUGGAGAAAUAUAGCGGUGGCAGCGUCGUUCUGAAGUGCAGCGGACAUGAGAGGUCCGUGAUGCAUGAGGCGUGGUACGCCUUCUUCGUGCAGGGCAAUCUGCAGUCUGGCCGGUUUAUUCCAGCGAGAGGAUACGGGGAGCACGGCGACGUUGGCAACUGCGCCGACCAGGUUUGGUAUCUCCCAAAGAAGUGUCGGUGGCCUGGUGGGUGCGAUAGGGGCGCGGAACUAUGACCUGCAAAGGGUCAAGGAAGAGCAAGGAAGAGAGCGUGUAUUUGAAAGGGGGGUUAGACCAGUAUCACAGGCGACUUGGGCGUUGAGAACACUUGGCCAUCUUGAUCCACGCGGAGCGUUUUAUUUUGAGACUUUUGGGAGUCUUGGAAUGUUUCCUGUGUCAAGUCAGCUUGAACAUUACGAGGUUCAUCCCAGACUCAAAGGCUCGAGGCUGCCAAACACUGCUUGAAGCGAUCCGGGGUUAGUUGUCAGCCUUGCGGUCCGCUCGACGUGAUUGACGGAGAAAAGUGGAGGGAUGCUGGCCUUAUCGGCCCGACUUUAAAACGCCAUAGCCUGAGACGAAACGGUGCCUGUGGAGAGUGUUAGUACGUGCUCUGCUUUAAGACGAAUAUAGAUUAGGCUGUCGCUGGCUUUCCUGGAAACCCCACCAGACCACUUGUAAUUUCACUGUGCUGGUGUUCCUUGCCGACAGUUUGGG